AUGACCGAUACAGCGAAGAAAGUCCUUAUAUCUGGUGGCACGGGAUUUGUAGGCUCGGCCAUAGUGCGGGCUCUUGCAGAAAAACACCCAGACUUUGUCAUCGUCGUCAUCGAUUCAAGGCCCCCACGACCUGAGCAUGUCCUACCAGAGAGAACUUCAUACAUGCAAGUGGAUAUUACUUCGACUAAAGCAUUGAGCAAAUUAUUCGAGGCUGUGAAGCCAGAUGUUGUUGUCCAUACUGCUGGAGUCGUCCCAAAUCUGGCCGAACGGUUCGGUCGCCGACUUGAACAGGAGGUAUGGAAGAUCAACUUUGAAGGCACACGGAAUAUGCUGGAUGCAUCCAAGCUCAGUGGGGUUGAGGUGUUCGUAUAUACGAGCAGUUGCUGCGUGGUGAUCGACGAUACGGGUACCACUCACCCUAAUAUCAAUGAAGAAUGGCCCUCGGCAUUUAGGUCAACCAUUUAUGGAGAGUCCAAGGCUGCUGCAGAAACACUCGUGCUCAAGACCUCGAGCAGCAAAAUGGUGACAUGUGCCCUGCGGCCAUCGGUGCUUUGCGGACCAGGAGACUAUCAGCUAGUACCAGCUAUUCACGCAUGCAUCGCCAAAUAUGAAACCCCUUUUUUGAUAGGGAAUGGCUUUAACUUGUGGGAUAUCACCCACGUCGACAAUGCAGCCGAUGCUCACGUCCUGGCCAUAGAGAAUCUGCUAUCGUCCCGCACAGCUGCAGGCGAGGCUUUUUUCAUUCAAAAUAACGAGCCUAUUGUCUUCCGUGAUUUUUGUCUGGCAAUCUGGGCGCAUUUUGGGCAUGUCCCACCUUUUGAAAUGCAUAUUCCGAAGAGUCUAGCUUACUUCGCCGGGCUGGCGUGUGAAACUGUCACCUGGUUAAUGGGAACAACCACAACCUUGAGCCGUGGAAGUGUACAAGACGCAUGCGCUAUUAGAUAUGCCAGUGGCAACAAGGCUAAGGAGAUUCUGGGGUACGAGGCACGCAUUGGUAUCGAAGAAGCCAUUCAUUUGAGCUGCGAGGAUUAUGCCUCUCGUCUCGGCAUAAAACUGCCCGUCGUCAAUAGCGGAAACCGGCAAAAAAAACCAUAA